UAUUGAGUUAUACAACCACCAUUUCCUAUGGAGAGUCGGGUCGACUAUCGGCACUAUGUUAAAAGUUGACAAAGCCACGUCUAUUCACUCAAGGGGACGUUUCACCAGUAUCCGUGUGGAAAUUGACUUAUCUAAGAAGCUGGUUCCAAGAAUAUCGGUACUCGAUAAUAUUCUCAAUAUCGAAUAUGAGGGUUUCAAUUACAGGAUCUAUGGUUACCGGUCAGAGUCAUGCGGGGAGAUUUUAGCAACGGAGGAGGUUCACCGGGCAGCGAUGGAGGAAGGAAAACAGGUGGAGGCCGAGGGGGUUUUGGAGGCCGUCAAUCAUGGGAAGCAAGAGACGAUUACGAAUAAUCUGAGUAUUGAUAAUAAAUCUGAGAAUAAUCAAAGCAUGGAUAUGGGGUCAAGAUAUAACGUGCUUUAUGAUGAUAAGGAAGAGGAAACCUUGGAGGAUAUUAAUGUGGAAGAGAAUGAGCAAAUAAGCACCAUGCAUAGUGGGCCAUGGAUGGAUCUUCAUAUGAAAGAAGGUGAGCCCUCAAACCCAAUCCAGGUAGAAAAUCUGGUUGUAGCUAAAGGUAGUGGGCCAUCUUUACAAAUCCAGAAACGGGUUCUGAAGACAGGUGCAGGGAAGAAUCCCCAGGCUCAGAAAAAAGGCUUAUCCUUUAACCUUAGGCCUCUAAAAACUGGGAAAACUACUAAGGCCAAAUUAAAGGAGGCUGAGAAGAAGGUUAUUGGCAUCAAGAAAUCGUUGGGCGUGGCUCAACCUAGUGCGUUCGCUUCGAGGAACCCUUAGAUGGUGGCUAAGGAACAAGAGAUGCUUGAAAGCAUGCGAAGGCUUCAAAGGGAGCAAUUACAGCUGGUGGAUUUCAAUACACAAUCCGAGAAGUUCAUGGAGGCACACGUCAUGAAGAACACUUUUUUCAACCAUGGGGAAUCAUCUUCAAGAGCGGGGAAUCAUUAAACUUACAAAGAAUAUUUUCCACCGGAUAAGCCACGGGUGCCUCUACCGCCAAAAGGGAGCCUCUACCAUGGAGAGGAUGAUCAAAAUCUGACUAACCCGUCUGAUUCGGGUGAGAAGGCAAAAGCCAUGUGCUGAUGGUCUCUGGUCUUAUGACCCCUUUUCUUUGUGUGGGUUGUAAUGAAUCUGUUAGCUUCGAAUUGUAGAGGGACAGGAGGAAAAGCUUUCUCUAGCCUCAUCAGAAACUUGCGAAAGGAGUAUAAAGUUAGUUUUUCAAUUCUGGUUGAGACACAUAUAAGUGGUACCCGUGGUAGAGCGGUAUGGGAGAAAUUUGGGCUAGAUGGCUGAUUUAUUGAAGAGGCUGGCAAUCAGUCUGGAGGUAUGUGGUGCCUCUAGGACUCUAGUCUCUAGAAGGUGGAGGUCCUUAGUCAUAACUACAAAAUUGUUCACAUGAAAGUUAGUUAUGGUAACUCUUAACCUUGGUUACUCUCUGCUGUUUAUGGUAGUCCCCAAAGGAGUAAUCGUAGGAAUUUAUGGCAUACUAUUGGUAAUCUUAGUUUUGAAAGUGAGCUUCUCUGGUUCCUGAUUGGUGAUUUUAAUGCUACUCUUCAUGAUCAUGAACGCAGGGGAGGGGCAGGUAGUAAUAGACAUGCUUGUGAGGAAUUCCAAUCCUGUAACCCUGAGUCUGGCCUUUUUUAUCUGUGUAUUUCAGGUUGGCCUUUUACUUGGAGAAGAGGUCAUUUGUUAGAGCAUUUAGAUCGUGGGAUUUGUAACCUGGAGUGGCAAAUUUGGUUUCCAAAUGCAAAUAUCAAACAUCUUCCUAGCUUUAAGUCGGAUCAUUCUCCUUUCUUUCUCCAAAUUUCUCCUCCUAACCAUGUGAAUGACGGCCGUAGACCCUUUUGGUUUAUGGCUGCUUGGCUGACUUACCCGGAUUUCUCGAAUGUGGUUAACAAUAGUUGGAACCUUGCUUGUUCUUAGUCUGAUUGCAUUUUUCAUUUCCAGAAUGUUGUUAAAUCAUGGAAUCUCAAUGUGUUUGGCAAUAUUCAUAAAAGGAAAAACAGAAUUAUGAGGCAAUUACAGGGUAUUGGGGAUCGCAAUACCAUGUUUUUUCAUGGUACUACUUUAGCUAGAAGAAGAAUGAAUAAGGUGGAAAGCCUACAAGACUCUAAUGGUAAUUAGGAUUCGGUGUUCAAGAUGGGAAGCCUUAAAGCACCCAAAAUUGACGGUAUUAAAGCUGUUUUCUAUCAGAACCAAUGGGAGAGAGUGGGUAUUGAUUUGUACAGGUUUAUUGAGGAAAUCUUUAUGAACCCUGCAAAAGUAGGGGAAGUAAAUGAGACCCUUAUCACGCUUAUUCCUAAAGUGGAACCAGUCAUAAGUCUGAAGAAAAUGCGACCCAUUAGUUUAUGUAAUGUCUCCUACAAGGUGAUUACAAAGACCCUGGCUAAAAGUUUGAGAAGAAGUAUGGAUAAGAUUGUCAGUCCCACCCAAUGUAGCUUUGUUCUGGGGAGAAAAAGUUCAGACAAUAUAAUCAUCACUUAGGAAGUCAUUCACUCUAUAAGAAACAAAAAAGGGCUCUAAAGGAUGGCUGGCUAUUAAAAUUGAUCUAGAAAAAGCAUAUGACAGGUUGAAGUGGAGUUUUAUUCAGGAGACUUUGAACGACAUCGGCCUCCUCUUGAACAUUAUUGAGCUCAUAUGUACUUUCAUUUCUACUACUAGGAUGAGAAUUCUUUGGAAUGGCGAUGCCUUAAAUGAAUUUCAGCCUUCGAGGGGGGUAUCUGUCAAGGUGAUUGAUAAACCACUAUUUUAUGGUUAUUUUUGUGCUAAAUUGAGUGGUUGCUAUCAAUUCUCCAUACAGUUAUGCAUGUAAUUUGCAUGUUUUACAUUUAUCUUCCUAGUUCCACUUUAUGAUUGAAAACUUGCUUCCUAAGCCUUUAAAUUAUUAAUCUCUAAUUCCCCUUUUUACCAUUCGAUGCCGUGAUCUGUGCGCUAAGUGUUUUCAGGCUUUAUAGGGAAGGAAUGGCUUGGAGGAUGGAAAGGAAGCUUGCAAAAAUGGAAGGAACACAAGAAACCAAGGAGCUAACCAGCGAGGACCGAUGCGCACGCACGCCUCACGCAUACGUGCAACGUGGCGCACUCCAUAGCGACGCAGACGCGCACCUGGCGUGUACGUGUGACGUGCGUAAUAUUUUGCAACUGUAGAAAUCGCUGGGGUAAUUUUGGGCUGAGUUUGGACCCAGUUUUUGGCCCAGAAACACAGACUAGAGCCAGAGGAUAGGAGAGACUCAACACAUAUUCACACAUUCUCAGUUUUUAGUUUUUAUUUUUGAAUCUUGGGAUAAAACACUACUUCCUCCAGGAUUCUUCAUAGUCAUACCCUUCUUUUUUAGUUCUACAUUUUGGAUUGGAUAAUUGAAGAGAGUUACUACCUCUGUAGAGUCUUUAUCAUUAUAGUUUGUUUCCUAUUUCCUUACUCUUUUGAUUUACAUUUGUCUUAUUCACGGAUUACAUAUGAAUAUUUCUGAUUUUGAGAUUUA